UGAUUUCCCAAAAUGCAUUGUGGUUUCAUCUAUUGGCUUCAUUCUAUCCAGUCUCCAGGCUUUAAUAGUAUGCCCAGAAUGGCAACGGACUCACGGAUCCCCUGAAAUGCAUUUACCUCAAACCGAACCAGCCUCAAAAUGACCACCGGCUUCAGCUCCAAUUCCUGCCGUUUCGCAGAUUAUUUCGUCAUCUGUGGACUCGACACCGAAACUGGGCUGGAACCAGAUGAACUGUCCGCUUUAUGCCAGUAUGUAACGACCUCUAAACGCACAGAUGAGUCCCGGGGCAGGCCAGCCAGUGCCAGUGAAGGUGAGAAUUUUGAGCAGAGUCCGUUGCGGAGGACGUUUAAGUCCAAGGUCCUGGCGCACUACCCUGAGAAUGUGGAGUGGAGUCCGUUUGACCAGGAUGCCGUGGGCAUGCUCUGCAUGCCGAAGGGCCUGUCGUUCCGGACGCAGGCGGACUCGCGGGAGCCCCAGUUCCACUCCUUCAUCAUCACGCGGGAGGACGGCUCGCGCACCUUCGGCUCGGCCCUCACCUUCUACGAGGAGGUGACCAGCAAGCAGAUCUGCAGCGCCAUGCAGACCCUGUACCACAUGCACAACGCCGAGCAGUACGACAUCCUGCAGGCCCCCGGCCCGCCCCGGGCCCCGGCCCCGGCCCCCGCCCCGGCGCUCUCCCUGUCGCGGCUGCAGCGCUUGAACUCCUAUGACAUCACCAGCGACACGCUGUACGUGUCCAAGUGCGUGUGCCUGCUGGCGCCGCUGCCCUUCCCGCAGGCCUGCCGCCGGGCCCUGGAGCAGCUGCACCGCGCCGUCUGCUCGCCGCAGCCCCCGCCGCUCCCGCUGGAGAGCUACGUGUACAACGUGCUGUACGAGGUGCCCCUGCCGCCCGUGGGCCGGUCGCUCCGCUUCAGCGGGGUCUACGGCCCCAUCGUGUGCCAGCGGCCCGGCACGGCCGAGCUGCCGCUCUUCGACUUCCCCGUCCGGGACGUGCUGGAGCUGCUGGGCGUGGAGAACCUGCUGCAGCUCUUCACCUGCGCCCUGCUGGAGAUCCAGAUCCUGCUCUACUCGCAGCACUACCAGAGGUUGAUGACGGUGGCAGAGACGGUGACGGCGCUGAUGUUCCCGUUCCAGUGGCAGCACGUGUACGUGCCCAUCCUGCCCGCCUCGCUGCUGCACUUCCUGGAUGCGCCCGUGCCCUACCUCAUGGGCCUGCACUCCAACGGCCAGGAAGACCGCUCCCACCUGGAGCUGCCCCAGGAGGCCAAUUUGUGCUUUGUGGACAUUGAUAACCACUGCAUUGAGCUGCCAGAGGACUUGCCGCAGUUCCCCAACAAGCUGGAGUUCAUCCAGGAGCUCUCGGAGGUGCUGCUGGGGUUUGGAGUUCCCCCCGAGGGCAGGGGGCGCUACGGCGAGGCCGUGGCCAAGCACAGAGGCUUCCGGAACAGCGAGGUGGACAAGCGCAACGGGAACGUGGCAGGCUCGCCCCUCAGCUCCUACCUGCUGAAGGAGAACGAGACCAUGGCGCGGCUCCAGGCCCUGGUGAAGAGGACCGGAGUCAGCAUGGAGAGGGUGGAGGCUAAGGACAAAACAGGCAGCAAUAAGGGUCUGAAGGUCCUGUGUGAUGAGGAGGAUUUUAAGAUGCACCAGCUGAACGUUCAUGUGCGCGAGGUCUUCGCUAACCGCUUCACGCAGAUGUUUGCUGAUUACGAGGUGUUCGUCAUCCAGCCCAGCCAGGAUAAGGAGGCCUGGUUCUCCAACCGAGAGCAGAUGCAGAACUUCGACAAGGCCUCCUUCCUCUCAGACCAGCCGGAGCCGUACCUUCCCUUUCUGUCGCGGUUCCUGGAAACGCAGACGUUCGCCUCGUUCAUUGACUGUAAGAUCCUCUGCCACGAGGACGAGGAUAAGGAGCAUGCGCUGCGCGUGUUCGACGCGCGUGUGGAUAAGGUCCGCAUGCUGAACGUGCGCACGCCCACCCUGCGCACCUCCAUGUACCAGAAAUGCACCAGCAUCGAAGAGUCCACAAAGACCAUAGAGAUGCGGUUGUCCAAGAUGGACCACACGGCCCUGCAUCCCCACCUGCUGGACAUGAAGAUUGGGCAGGGACGCUACGAGCCGGGUUUCUUCCCCCACCUGCAGGCCGACGUCCUGUCCUCCGGCCCCACCAGCAACAAGUGGGCCAAACGUAGUGCUCCAGCGCAGUGGAGGCGCAAGGACAGACAGAAACAGCAUGCUGAACACCUGUACCUGGAUAAUGACCAAAGAGAGAAAUACAUCCAGGAGGCUCGGACCCUGGGCACCAUGAUCCGCCAGCCGAAACUGUCCAACCUGUCCCCCUCUGUCAUUGCACAGACCAACUGGAAGUUUGUGGAGGGGCUGCUGAAGGAGUGUAGGAACAAGACCAAGCGCAUGCUGGUGGAGAAGAUGGGGCGCGAGGCGGUGGAGCUGGGUCAUGGAGAGGUCAGCAUCACAGGUGUGGAGGAGAACACACUCAUCGCCAGCCUCUGUGACCUGCUGGAGCGGAUCUGGAGCCAUGGCCUGCAGGUCAAACAGGGCAAAUCAGCACUGUGGUCUCACCUUCUGCACUAUCAAGAGAGUGCAGAGAAGAAGGAUGCCCCACCUGCAGGCUUAGUGUUACCAGGACUCAUCCAUAUAUCAGAGAGACGGAAGUCAGAUCCCGGCAUCGCCAUGCCCCCCCUCAAAGUUUCCCUGAUCCAGGACAUGAGGCACAUCCAGAACAUGGGCGAGAUCAAGACCGAUGUGGGCCGAGCCAGGGCGUGGGUGCGGCUCACCAUGGAGAAGAAGCUGCUCUCCAGACACCUCAAACAGCUCCUGUCUGACCAUGAGCUGACCAAGAAACUGUACAAGCGCUAUGCCUUCCUGCGUUGUGAUGAUGAGAUCGAGCAGUUUCUCUACCACCUUCUGUCCUUCAAUGCAGUGGAUUACUUCUGCUUCACCAAUGUCUUCACUACAAUCACGAUCCCGUACUAUGUCAUGGUCAUUCCUAGUAAGAAACUGGGAGGGUCCAUGUUCACCGCCAACCCUUGGCUUUGCGUUUCUGGGGAGCUGUCCGAAACCGGAGUACUUCAAAUCCCCAAGAACAGUCUGGAGAUCACCUUUGAGUGUCAGAACCUGGGCAAGCUGACCACAGUGCAGAUGGGACAUGACAAUGCCGGGCUUUAUGCAAAGUGGCUGGUGGAGUGCGUCAUGGUGAGGAACGAGAUCACUGGACAUGCCUACAAAUUCCCAUGUGGCCGCUGGCUGGGGAAAGGUGUGGAUGAUGGCAGCCUGGAGCGGGUGCUUGUGGGGGAGUUGACCACGCCCAGUGCGGAGAACGAAGAACGUCUGUGCCGGACCCCUCCCAUGCAACAUUCCCCUGGUAUGAUUCGGAGGUUGGUCACCAUCUCGCCAAGUGGUAAACCAAAGUUAAACACUGCCCAGGUCCAGGAGGGAGUAGGAGAAGCCAUCAAUGGCAUUGUGAAGCACUUCCACAAGCCAGAGAAGGAGAGGGGCAGUCUCACACUGCUCCUGUGUGGAGAGUUUGGUUUGGUCUGGGCACUGGAGCAGGUGUUCCAGCAUGGGUUCAAAUCCCCACGUCUCUUCAAGAAUGUCUUCAUCUGGGACUUCCUUGAAAAGGCACAGACAUACUUUGAGAACCUCGAGCAGAAGGAGAUGUCACAGGAGGAAAACUGGCAGACCCGGGUGAAGAACUUCUGCCAUGCCAUGCGUGCCAUCAACGGCUCACCACGAAACAUCGGCAAGGAUGGAAAAUUCCAGAUGCUGGUGUGUCUGGGAGUCAGGGAUCAUCUGCUGCACCACUGGAUAGCCUUACUGGCAGACUGUCCGGUCACAGGGCAGAUGUACGAAGACACAGCCUUCAUAAAGGACCACACCCUGGUGAACUCUCUGAUCAGGGUGCUGCAGACAUUACAGGAGUUCAACAUCACUCUGGAGCCUUCAUUGGUCAAAGGCAUUAGUAUUUAGAGCCUGCAAUGCACCUGGUGGGCCUGGACCAGCAAGAAUAACGGAUACUUUCACUGAAGAAUCAUUGUUAUGGACACAUUGACUUGAGCAAAGGAAAUGGCUUAUUUUUGAAGCUGCUGAUACAUUUGCCAUUAAUUAAGUGCAAUGAACCUGUGUCAUUAUUUUUAUCCUCAAAGACAUGCAGUUGGACACUUAAAACAUGUUUUUUAUUAUGAUUCUUAAUUUGUAUUUUUUUGUGAACACACCCCAUUCUGUGCUAUACUGUAUUAAUGAAAGCCGUGUUGUAAAUUUCUGGUAAAUAGCUAUAUUUAAGAAGAAAGUAAAGACAAGAAAGAUAAUAUAUUUUCAGAAUGGAUCAGUAUUAUUUCGAUAUGUCUGUUGAGUUGCUUGCUCUGUUGUUAAAGCAUUUAAAGCUACCGGUCAUACGGCAGAGCUGAAAGCAAAUGAUGUAGAAGUAUGCUUUAUAAGUAUUAUUGACAGGAGAGAAUAGGGUUCUUAUUUUUUGAAAAAAUUAAGAAACAUUUCAAAUAGUUUUGUAUCUUCCAAUAGCAAUGCAUAAAACCUUGAUCAGGCUCAAAAAUAGUGUCAAAACUUUAACAUAUCAUGCUACUUGCUCUGAAAAAUAGCAACCUUCCACCAUUAGUAAAGGUAAUGGAGAUUCCUAUUGCACAAUUGUAUCCAUGGAGCAGUAGUAAGCCAUUGUCAUGAAUUUAGAGGUCCAUUCAACUUUAUAAAGUAGAAUGCUCUGGUGUAGCCCUGCAGACUGUCUAUGCUCUGUCCCUAUCAAUGCUCCUGGCAUACAGCACGUGUACCUAUACCUGUAAAUACCUCUACCCGAUUAAACCAUUACAUUCAACCCUACUGUACUCUGGGAUUUGGUGACCUCUCAACGACAUUCCGUAAAGGGGACUAUGGGUAAUAUACACUAGCAUGGUCUCAGCUAGACUUGAAUAUUGCCAUGGACUGUCUGGUUCACAUGCAAAACUGAACAUUUUGUAUUAAUUUCACUUUUCCCAGUCAGCCCAAAUUCCAUUGCUGCCGUUUUGCUAUGCAACACUUACUGCAUGAAAAUGAAGGUCAACCAAUGAAUUUAGAUUAAAUACUGAAAUUAGUUACUUAGUUUCAGGAGCAGCACAUAACAACAUGUUAACAUUAUCGUUUGACAAAAUGUCAGUGCGCAUAUGAAACUUUCAUCCUACUACUGGGAUGCCUAUAAAUCAAUGCUAUGAGAUUCUUGUGAGUUUUUUUUUUUUUUUUCAAGGAAGUUUUGUUUAGAGAUAGCCUAUAUUUCUUGACAGACUUGUAUCAUGUGUCAUGUAUGUUAGUGUAACAUAAGUAAUUGUGUAUAGUGUAUAAAAUGUAUUAAAUGAAAUUCCAUGUCUGUAUGCAAAAGUGUACUGUAUAUUUUUACAACCAAAAAAGAGGAUUUGCUUUAGUAAGUAGAUUGCAAUUAACAUCUAACAAUUGACAUGUUAUCUUUAAUGGGUUUACUGGGUGUGAUUUAUAUCUUGAAAACUGCUCUGGAACCCAUUCCAUAUAAGAACUGUAGCUCUGUAGCCUACUGGGCAGUUAGAGGAGUGGUUACUCUUGUAUUUAACUUGAUUAAUAAACGGUACAUUUUCUAACCA